CUCACCCCGCCUCCCCGCUUCCCCGGCUCCAGCCUCCGCCGGCGGAGCUCCACUAUGCCAGACAGUUUCGACACUUUGCAAAGACAAAGACCAGAGGGAGGAGGAAGAGGAGGACGAGGAGGACGAAGAGGAGGAGGGAGAGGAGGACGGGGCGAUGUGAGCCGGGAAGGGGGCCAAUGUUCCGGACCCCCACCCCGCUUUAGUCUCUUCGGAGCCCCUCAUCUCCAAAGCCGCGGAAACUCCAGCGUGUUUCCAGCUGCGUUGGGACCAUUUUCAGACUCCGCCUUUCUGACCUGGAAAUGCCAGAAGGAACUAUCCUCGUCAGGGGCUGUGCUGAGCAAACAUUUUGAGCUUUGUGGCGAGGACAGUUUCAUUUGAGGACCGGAAGUGGACAGCCCCUCCCCUCAGCCUGCUUAGAUGAAGAAACUGAGGCUCAGAGAGGUUAAGGAACUCCUCAGAGACCACACAGCUGACGGAGAAACAGAGGGCACGAAGAUUGCCUGACCUCCCAAGACCACAGGGCUGGCAAACGGCAACUUGCACCUGGCCCAUCGAAAGCCUGCUCUAUAGGACGGAGGCUGACUGGCAGAGGUCGAAUGCCAAGGCGUGCGGAAGCAGAGAGUUGUUAAAUUCAGAAACCGAGAGAGGGAAGGAGCGAGGAAGGAGCAUAUGACAGAGUGCCCUCCAUGCCUUCAUCCAGCAGGCUACGUGACGGUGACAGCGUGGGAAAGACCGGGCUCUAAUUAAGUAUCAUCACACAGCAUCCCUUCUGGAGGAUGGUGGCAAAGACAGCUUCCCUCUGUCCUGCACUGUGACCCUUCCUUCGAGGUCCUCACCGCCCCCCUCCGAGAGUCCCUGCACCUGUCACAGAGAUUAAUUACCCCUCAACCCCUUUGGAGGGGAACGGAAAUCAUAUCAUUAAGUUUGAUUAAAGCUUUAAGAGACAUCAUCGGCUGUUUAAGGACUGCUGACGAAGCAGCCUGCUCAUUUCCUGAAAAGACAGAUUAUACGCAAGAGGAGCCAAGCCCCCGACCCCACCCCUGGUGGUCACCUAGCCCCCACCCGUCACAGGGUGAUGUCUGGUGCCCGGGUGCGGCCCCUGCCCAGCGGGAGCAAGGCCGGCCAUAGUCCCCCAGGGAAUCCCCACCUCGCCUUGUGAUCGAGCCUCCGUCUCUGGGAUUUUUCCUCCACGUUCCCGGCUCCCGGGCGUGAUUUCCUCCAGCCCAUCCCUGGGAGGCGCCCCCUCCAGACAGCAGAAAUGGUGACCGUGAGGAAAAGGACUCUCAAAGGGCUCACCCUGCUCGUCCUCUUCAUCUUCCUCACCUCCUUCUUCCUGAACUACUCCCACACCGCGGUCACCACCACCUGGUUCCCCAAGCAGAUGGUCGCCGAGCUGUCCGAGAACUUCAAGAGGUUCAUGAAGCAUGCCCACCGGCCCUGCGCAUGCGCCCGCUGCAUCGGGGAGCAGAGGGUCUCAUCCUGGUUCGACGAGAGGUUCAACCAGUCCAUGCAGCCGCUGCUCACCACCCAGAACGCGAUCCUGGAGGAGGACACGUACAGCUGGUGGCUGAGGCUCCAGCGGGAGAAACAACCCACCAACCUGAAUGAUACCAUCAAGGAGCUCUUCCAGGUGGUGCCUGGGAACGUGGACCCCCUGCUGGAGAAGAGGUCAGGGGGCUGCCGGCGCUGUGCCGUCGUGGGCAACUCGGGGAACCUGAGGGCGUCCUGGUACGGGCCCCAGAUAGACGGCCACGACUUCGUGCUGAGGAUGAACAAGGCGCCCACGGCGGGCUUUGAGGCCGACGUCGGCAGCAAGACCACGCACCAUCUGGUGUACCCCGAGAGCUUCCGGGAGCUGGGGGAGAACGUCAGCAUGGUCCUGGUCCCCUUCAAGACCACCGACCUGGAGUGGGUGAUCAGUGCCACCACCACGGGCACCAUCUCCCACACCUACGUUCCUGUCCCCGCGAAGAUCAAAGUGAAAAAGAAUAAGAUCCUGAUCUAUCACCCGGCCUUCAUCAAGUACGUCUUCGACAGCUGGCUGCAGGGCCACGGGCGGUACCCGUCCACCGGCAUCCUGUCCGUCAUCUUCUCGCUGCACAUCUGCGAUGAGGUGGACUUGUAUGGCUUCGGGGCAGACAGCAAGGGGAACUGGCAUCACUACUGGGAGAACAACCCGUCGGCGGGGGCUUUCCGCAAGACCGGGGUGCACGAUGGCGACUUCGAGUCCAACGUGACAGCCACCUUGGCGUCCAUCAAUAAAAUCCGGAUAUUCAAGGGGAGAUGACGCUGCCGAGGAGGACUGAGGCUCGCCUCUCGGUGUCCCGCCCCCGCUUCGCGCCGGGGCCGUCCCGUCCUGGGAGCUUCGAGGGCCAGCCUCGGGGGCAGGGGGGUGUCGGUGGGCCCCUCGCAGCCCCCUGCCUGCCAGCCCUUGGCAGUGUCUCCUCAGCAAGGUGCCCGAGCCUCGCCGGGCCUGUGGAGCAAGUCUCAGAACUAGCCUGGGAUGGAGAGCACCCCCUCACUGCUGCCCUGGAGCCGGAGGAAGGUGGGGAGACACGGUGGGGGUCCGGUCUCCAAUCACUGAGGUCACUUGGGCUUCCGGGGAGGGGGCAGAUACUUGAGCCCCUGUAUUCUAAAGUAAAGGACAGUUUUGCAGGGUGGACGGGCAGAGACUUUCCCGCUGCCCAGGGACCCAGGGGUGGCCUCGGGACAGAGCCACGUUGGACCAUGUGGACACUGGGGGCGAGAUGGCGCCUUUCUUUGCACGAUGCCUGGCCCCUCCCUCACUUGGCUGGACAACUCUCCCCCUCCGGCCCCCCGCUGUCUUCCCAAAGCUCAUUUGUGGUGUCCGGAGAGGCGCCCCGCCCCGAAGGCCUCCCCGUCUUCCCAGACACGAGGCACCGUGUUUCAGAGCGCAGCGGAGUCUUCUUCCCAAGCCCGUGUCCCCUUGAGUAAUGCAUCCCUGCGGCUGAGAGCAGAUCUGACUACUUCCGCGUGCCUUUGUGUUUGGGGGACACAUUCGUGCAUUGGCUGAAACAAGGCAAAAGCCUUGACUCGGGAGAGGGGACCCCCAGCAGUGCCCCGCCCCCUUGCUCUGUGGCUUGGGACGUCUUUUCUAGUUUCCCGAGGCAGUGCCUGAGCGGCAGCAAAGCUAGGAUGACACUCAGUGCUGUCCCGAGGCCGAAUGCCAUUCUUACUCACAUUCACAGACUAUUGGAUGUGGUGCCCAUGACCUUCCAAGGCCACCCAUGUAACCUCCACCAGCCAGCACUUUCCCCGGGAACCCACGCUCUGGGCCCAGCCCUGCUGGCCACCUGCACCGUGUCCUGCAGGCUGCCAGAGUCCCAGGAGCGUGGCCUUCAGAGCGGGAGAAGACAUACCUCAUUCUCUCCCUCCCAGGCUUCUCUGAUCUUCCUUCGUCAGCCUUCCUGAUUAUUUAUUGAUUCAGUCUUUUAAUUCAGCAAACGUCGUGUGCACUUUGUGGCGCUGUGGCUGGCCCUGAUCGUCGAAGUGAGCCUGCUCUUUCUUCACCUAGCAGCCGGGGCGUGAGGGAGCGUGAACCUAGGUCCGUGGGGCUCUUCAGGUUCGGGGUGGGGGGUAUCUAGGGCCUGGAGGCUUGCCAGUGGGCAGACCCCGGGGUCUCGGGCUGGUAGGUUUGCAGAGUGCUCUGCCCUCCUUCCCUUCAGGCCCACCUCCCUUCCCUGUCCUUGUGGAUUAGAUUCCGUCUAGGGCUGAGAAUCCCCCAAGGCCAGCGGGACGUCCUUGGGGCGGGGGAGGGGGGGGGACUGCGUGGGUGGGGGACAGUGAUUGUGGGCUCUGGUUACUGACACUUCAGAAAAGCCACUUCUCCUGUUGAGAGCAUUUGCGAACAGGUGGCUGCCACCUUGAGGAGGUAUGACAGUUUCCUGGUGGAGCGUGAAACAAGCCAGUGUCAGAAGCCGAGGGCCUGUCCCCUGCGCUCUCGCGGCGCUCGGGGCCGCAGGCGGCAUGAGGCAGGUCACAGGGUCCCCAGAAGGGGCCUGCCAUGCUUGUCUCCCCCCAAGCCUGUGCAUAGGAGCAUCGGCCUGGGGACCGGUUCCUUAGCCUUUAUUAGAGCCUCAAAGAUUCAGAAUCCGGAAUGUGGUCUGUAAAAACAACAACCAACAGACAACGUGUUCCAGCUUUAGAUUCCUCCGAAAUGGAAGACUCGAUGACCGGUAAAGGCUCAUAAAUCGCCGUGAGGACGUUGACUUGAUCAGAAACGUAAGCCUCCGUUGGUUGGCUGACUGGCCCCGAGGACAGCGGCCGCUGAGACGGAGCAAGUGCGUCCCCACAGGGACGACAGGCUCAGCGGCCGCUGUCCUCAGGACUGUCCCCAGGACCAAUCAGCCAGCAUGAGUCCGAUCAGAAAAGCAGGGCCCAGAGAAGGGAAGCGACUUGCCACAGUGAACCAGUAAGUGUGACCGCACGACUCAGACAUUUUGAGCAGAAACAGGACAUCAUUGGCUCUCUGUUUCAAACACCCUGAGGUGGGCUUUUCCAGCUGGGCUCCAUCCAGCACCUUCAAUGGGGUGAUGGGGGGGGAAGGGAGGGGUCUCUGCCUCCUCCUCACCAGGCUCGUCCUUGUGUUGCCCAUGGGGGCUAAACCCAGCACGCCCCAGUCACUGUGCCUGGGAUUGAAAGCACUGACUGGUUUAAGCCGGUCAGUGUCAUACCCCGGGGGUAGGGAUGGCUGAGAAUCGGGCAGGAAUGUUUCCCACAGAACACUGAGCGUGCUGCGGGCCGGAUAAUGCAGAACAUGCAGCCAGAGAAGGCUCUCGGGUGGGGCUCACCGUGCGGCUCCCUGGAGCCGGCCCUGGGCCCCGGGCACGGAGCAGAGGCCUCCCUGCCUUGUGGUCAUCAGUGUGAGGCUACAGCCAGAAAGACCGGGGCCCAGGGGGGAGAGCCAUCUCCAUACGUCCUGCAAAACCAGCACCUGCUUUCACGUGCCCCCGGAGCCCCUGCCCUCACCCCCCGCCCCCCGUUAGGGCAGAAAGCGCGGUGGGCUUGUAGCUCCUGGCCCCCAGAGCCAUCACCGGGCAGAGAAGAAAGUUCUUAAACCAAUGGCUUUUGAGACUGUGGCCUCAGCAGCUGUGGUCCGGCCAGCCCCAUGGGCCGAGCUUAGCGAGAGAACCAGAUACAAGAAAACAGGACUUAAUAAGGAAGCCAGACAAGAAGGUGGGGAGGGCGAUGCCUGAACAGUGCUGGGGCCGAGGACUGGGAGUCUGGGUCAAGGGCGGGGUAGAGUAGCAGAAUGUUCAGAACCGUUAUGUCUGCCUUGACUGUUCUCAGCAAGGCAGCCUGAGCACAAAAACAGGAAACAGAGAGGAGCUCACAAGGGUGUCACCAAAAAUGCUCUCUCCAGGGAAGGGCAAGCCCUGAGGGGUCUCUGUCCAGCAGGAGAUGGCUAGCCGCUGGCCAUGUGCCGUCACCAGCCCACUGCUGUCUUUGACACACAUCCCCCCCGCCCCCGGGGGUUAUCACUGUGUCCAUCAUGGACAUCUGGGAGGAAGCAGACGCGCCCACGGGUCCCCGGCUGGUCAGCCUCCCCCGUGGUCUGGGCUCAUAAGUCUUGAGAUGGAGUCAGCCUUCUCCUUGCUCCUCCUGAAGACCCGGCUCCCGCACCUCUGGGGGGCAGAGAGGAGAAGGGGAUGUGGGAGGAAAGGCAGAGGCCAGCACAGUGGCGCUCACGGUGUGCUGGCCUUGGGCAUUGGCAGCUUCUUACCAGAUGAGUUGCAAUGUGCCUCCUACAAACGGCCAGCUGCUCCCAGCACCCUCCACCCCUGCUUUCCCUCUCAGCCCAUCAGAGGUCUGCACUGGUGUUGAACUUGACCCCUGCCUGCCUCAGCUUCUCUCACUGGGCAGAACCACAACUGUGUCCACCUGUGGACGGCCGUGAGCCCAGCGCUGGCUGUCGCCUGCCUCCCCUCCCCCGCACAUGACCGUGGCCCCCCCUCCCCCAGCCGCGGCAGCACCUCCCUGAAUUAACGUCCAAGCCAAAGGUUCUCGGGUACUUUCUGUCCCUUGCGACCGUGUCUGGUUCCUUGUUGGUUAAAAUUUGCUUUCUUUCCCCUCCGGACUCGCUCCCGUGUUCGUUCUGUGGCUGAGGGCCGACCCGGGUGCGUUCUGAAGGAAGCUGGCGAGAGUCGGCCUUCCUCGGCCUCUGCUCUGUCUUAUUUAUUGUUGAACAUUUCCAAUGAUCCAAAUCAAAGUGAAUUAAAACAAAAAGCUAUUUUUCUCGUU